AUGACUUAUGAGGCUACCAGAGGCUACUACACCUCCAGAUUAAUGACAGCCUGCAACUUACUUGCUUCCAACACACUAGUAACACAUUCUAAGGUUCGUAAUCGGCUACUUCAAAGCGCUAUUGCUAUUCUGUGGGUAAAGGUCCUCAUUUUGUUGAUGGUGGCAUCUUACAAAGAAAAGGAAGUUCGAGAUGGGAACACUUGUUUCAAAUGCUCUCCUCCCAUUCGCGAUGCUGCCAACAAGGAAAACCUCUGGGAAGCUCUGCUGUACAAACACAUCAGCACAGUGAGUAAGGAUGUGGCACCUUGGGGAAUAAUGCCUACAAAGCAAGCCCAGGAUGACGACGCUGAUCACUAG